AGUUGACUGGUGCACCGACCGAGCGCCUCCCAUGUCGGCGUUUCAAUAACCGCAUGCUGGAGGAAUCAUGCAAGUUACGCAUUAGGAUCUACAAGCAUGUUCUCGCCGCUGCAUGCAAAGGGAAUAAGAAGGAAGGCACGAUAGUGUGAUCUUCCGUGGCUUAGGCCUCGAAGUAUCCCCUCACCAUGGCUGGGAAGAAGCCAGGACAGCAGGAGAUGGUUCAGGUCGACAGAUCAGAGCGACCGUCCUCGCCCUUUUGGCGAAGCCGGUCCUCGUCCCGACAAGGCUCGGGAAAGUCGACCAAAGUGAUCGGUGCAUCAUAUUCGCACGCUGACAUGCUCAAGUUCGAUUCAUUAUCCCUCGGACCGGGUUCGAGGCCUAGAACACCCCCGUCCUCGUCAGCACGCCCUUCGCAAACACCUCCUGGAGACAGACGUGGCUCAAACUCCCCCGGACGCAAGCCGUACAGUGGGUACAACUCUUCAGUCUUAGGUGAGAGUUGGGACGUUGUGGGUGGUGGAGACAUUGACGAAGACGACGAUGACCUCGUCUACGAGGACGAUGAAGACGAGUUUGGUCUCCCUAGCAUAACCAGCAUGCGUCGGAAACGGAGCGUAAAAAACAGAAAAACAAAAGCACAGGGAGUUACAUAUCCCAGCCUUACUCAAACCAAAUCGAAUCCUGCCAGGUUAGCGCCAUCACCAAUACCACCAUUGGACCGCUCGAACAGUUUUGAUAUUGCCGAAGAGCGGAAUCCAUUGGCAUACCCAAGCGCAAAAAAGGGGGAUGGCAAGAUCUUAAGGCCCCAGUACAAAGACAUCCUGAGAGAUCCAGCCAACUCACUACACCUCAUCAAUCAUCCCGUCCUGUCGAAUAAUGCAACGCCAAAAGAAGCGGAGGCUCAUAGUACGCGGAUUUCACGUAUCAACAAGUUCAAAAGGAUACUGCAAGCCAGCUCGGUCUCUCUGCAAGAUUUGCGAGCUGCAGCGUGGUCAGGGAUCCCUGAGGAAGUUCGUGCCAUAACGUGGCAGAUCUUACUGGGACACUUGCCUACCAACAGUGAGCGGCGAGUGGCGACCCUCGAACGUAAGCGGAAAGAAUAUCUCGAUGCAGUCCGGCAAGCGUUCAAUUCUGGUACCAUGGCCAACCGCGAAGAAUCAAGCACGGGCUUGGCUGGGCUGGCAUCGCAGCCGCCUGUCACUACAGGUCGCGGUCGUGGUCUGGAUGAGGCGGUGUGGCACCAAAUCAGUAUCGAUGUGCCCAGGACCAAUCCUCAUAUACCUCUCUAUGGCUAUGAAGCUACGCAACGAUCCCUUGAGCGUAUAUUGUACGUAUGGGCCAUCCGACAUCCAGCCAGUGGGUACGUUCAAGGUAUUAACGACCUGGCUACCCCGUUUUGGCAAGUUUUCCUCGGAACAUACAUCACGGAUCUGAAUAUUGAGAGCGGCAUGGACCCAGGUCAACUUCCAAGACCAGUCAUUGAUGCUGUCGAAGCUGACACUUUUUGGUGUCUUACGAAACUACUGGACGGUAUACAAGACAAUUAUAUUGUUGCUCAACCGGGAAUACACCGGCAAGUUGCAGCUUUACGAGACCUUACCACCAGGAUCGAUGCCGGCCUGGCCAAACAUUUCGAGAAUGAGCAGGUUGAAUAUAUGCAGUUCAGUUUCCGGUGGAUGAAUUGUUUGCUCAUGCGUGAGCUGAGUAUCAAGAACGUUAUUCGGAUGUGGGACACAUAUAUGGCGGAAGAGAAUGGUUUCUCGCAAUUUCACCUCUAUGUGUGCGCAGCAUUCCUGGUCAAAUGGUCGGAACAAUUGCUGAAGAUGAAUUUCCAAGAGAUAUUGAUGUUUCUACAAGCGCUGCCUACGCGUGAGUGGACUGAGAAGGACAUUGAACUCCUUCUGAGUGAGGCUUUCAUAUGGCAAAGCCUGUUCAGAGGCUCGAGGGCCCAUUUGCGGAAUGCGAGUAGUACGAUACCCAUGGGUUCGCUAGGGCCAGCUAGUUAACAAUGAUGAGUCUUUGAUUACC